AUUGAAAAACCUCAAGGGAAACCUGUAGAAAGUAGAAACCUUCCUAAACCCUUCCUCUCCUCUCCCAUUCUCCUUCCUCCGCAGAUUUUGGAGUCAGAAACUAAAACAAUGCAUCAAAGAUCAUCACUUUCACUCUUCACCUUACUUCGCAGAUACCCUUUUCUCUACUCUACAAAACCCACGUCUUCCUUUCUCUUCAAAUCACUCGCACCAAUUUCCACCCACACUUUCCCUCACAAAUGGCAACUCUCAAACCUACCAAUUUCUUCCAAACCCACUUCAAAUUUACCCCAUUUCAACGACCCAGCAAGCCCAAUCUCGCAUUCGAGGAAAUAUAGUGGGGAUUCAAUUGAAGAACUUGACAAGAACAAGAUAGUUGAUGAGAUUAAUCUCAAGUUUGCUGAAGCAAGGGAGGAGAUUGAGACAGCUAUGGAGUCAAAAGAGACUGUUUACUUCAAUGAAGAAGCUGAAUGUGCUAGAGCUGCUGUUAAGGAAGUGUUGGACAUGUUUUAUGGUUUGUUGGAGAAGUUGAAGGUUGAGGACAGAGAUGCUUUGCACAGGUCUAUGGGACUCAAGAUUGAGCAACUUAAAGCUGAGCUUCAACAAUUGGAAGAUUAAUGAUUUGAUUCUUUCUUCGAGGUUCGAGUUUUUUCAUUUCAAUGAUGAUAGUUUUUGAUUUUAGUGCUAGCUAUAUGGAUUAUACUACAAUUAGUAAUAUGCGUAGCUGAUGAAAUUGAUGUAAGAUGCUCAUCCAUCAAGUUUGAAGUUUUAAUAAGGAAUGUUGUGCUGUGUUUCUUUGAGUA